AUGGGCUCGGGCCGAACGCUGAAGUUGGCGGUGUGCGAGGCGCUGCAGUUCGCCGGCCUGUGCGUGCCGCUCUUCGUGGUCAUGCAGCGCUUCGCCGCCAUCGUGGCCGAGAUUCAAGGAGGGGGCGCCUCCGGCGGAGCCUACUGGUUCAUCGUGGCCUCCUUGGUGGCCUACGUCACGUCCGUUGCCCUCCUCAUCUGGGUGCCCCUCAAGUAUAUGGUGUUUGCCAAGAAGAGGUUCCUGAUUGGGAGAAAGAAGUGGAGGCCCGUGGCCCUCGUGUUUGUGAUCCUCUCCACAAUGCCCUGCUUUGCUUUCCUGAUCGCAAGCUCUGAGAUCCAGAUCCGCAACAAUUUGCAUCACGACACGUUUGGCGAGCUGCCCGUGUCGCUCAUCCUUUUCUCCCUCAUCUGCAUGGACGUGGUGGAACGGAUACGGCACUGCAGACUUACGGGACAAGAUAAUGUGGCAAGAGAUGCUGACAUCCCCUCCUCGGUGUUGACUCAUGUAGAACAGGUGACACCCAUCACUCCGACCGUUCCGGGAUCCGGAAUGCCGGGUCCCGGAACAGCCGGUCCCCACCCGCAAGUCACAGGACCCACCGUGGCACCGGCGAGCACGCCAGGCCAGCGUGGGGGCGACCGAACCCGCAACGGCUCCCGCUUUAGUCCGGAACCCAACGGCCCCAUCAUGGGAAUACCCGGGAAUGGCGGGCGAGGGUUGGAUGCCUCUGAAUCCGGGUCCCGUGCGGCGCAUGCCCGCGCGGGUCCGCUGGGCUUCCUGUGCGCCAGUGAUGCCCGCGCCGACGUGUUUGUGGACGGCUUCAUGUUCUGGUUGGACACGGCGGAGAUGACCCGGGCGGCGAGCCACCCGCUGGUGUGCUAUUCGGGCUGGGUGUGCCCCAUUUACGUUUUCUGCUGCCUGUCUUGUCUGCGGGUGGCUGUCGCCCCUCGCGACCCGCUGCUGUCCCCGCUGGGCGUCGCCCUCCAGGACAUGCCCUUCCUGUUCCUGCGAGUUGGCUUGCUGGCCUUCUUCGGUUUGGUCACGCCGCUCCUCUACCUGCUCAAGAAUCUGCUGGUAUGUCUGGCCUUCAUCUACUUCAACUUCAUGACCAAGCUCCGGAUCUUCAACACACAAAGGAUGUACCUGUGAAUUUCACACGUUUUGGAAUGUCACGUAGGUCCACAACAACACAAUACGCAUCAGUCAAGGUUACUAUAGUUCACAAAAUAACUACAAUGAACAAACAAUGCGGAAAAUUGCUAGUUAAUUCAUGCUAACUUGCACUCAGUAGCCGUUUCAUAUUAGUAGCCGCAUAUUCAUUUGACUGCAUCAAUGGGUGCUGCUGUUUUGGUUAGCAACUGACUUCAAAUGGGCUCAGCAUCUAUGCAAUGUAAACAAUUACUA